AUUGCGCGUUUUUGGAGGGGAUGGCAGAGCGCAUGCGUCGUCUCGCGGGCCAAAAAAAGGAGAGAAAAACCUGGGAGCGCGUGCGACAGAAGAAGAAUAAAGUGAGGGAGAGCAAGCGGGGUGGGCGAGCGUGCGCGGGGUUGUCUCUUUAAGCGGCGCCCUCGGGAGCCCGGGCGCGCGUUCCAUUGAGCGCCUCUCGCUUCAGAAGCGGAGGCGCCUCCCGAGGCAGACGCGAACUCCCGCUCCUCACUCGAGCCGGGAGCCUCCGGGGUGCGGCCGCUUCAACAGGCGUCAUGGACCGCGGGGCGAAGGAAGGAGACUCUGCCGGGCCGGCCGCUGGUGAGGCCGCGAGGGGGGCCGUCGCCUCCGCCGCCUCUUCCUCAGGCGGCGUCGUGGUGCAAGUGCGAGAGAAGAAGGGGCCCCUUCGCGCCGCCAUCCCUUACAUGCCCUUCCCGGUGGCCGUCAUCUGUUUGUUCCUCAACACGUUCGUGCCGGGGUUAGGGACCUUUGUGUCAGCCUUCACUGUGUUGUGUGGAGCCCGGACUGACCUUCCUGACAGGCACAUUUGCUGUGUGUUCUGGCUGAAUAUUGCAGCAGCUCUGAUUCAAAUUCUCACAGCAAUUGUGAUGGUUGGCUGGAUCAUGAGUAUAUUUUGGGGAAUGGACAUGGUCAUUCUUGCCAUUUCACAAGCGGAGCGGAGAUGCAGAGCAGCAGAGAACGACCUUCACUGAUCAGUCUGAUUGCCUACUCCAUGAUGGAGAUACUGGCACAUGGAUGUUCAGACUGGCACAGCCAACACACCAGUGUGACAGGCAAGCCAUUGGAGGAGCGGGAGGGAGCCACUGGUUAGGCUGAUGCUGAGGAGGACGACUACUGAGCAAACAUCCAACAGAAGGGCACCUGUUGGCUAGAGAUGUUGCUGUUUUCUCCAUCUACUGGAUGGGGAGCACCAAGAAACAUUUCACCACCUUUCUGACUCACUGAGAAAACAGCCCUUGUGUGCAUAUCAAAGAAACAGAGAGUAAUAUUUAUAGAUAUAUGUACAGAGAUGUAAAAGCAAAGAGACAGUAUUCAACUAUUUCUGUGGUGCAGCAGAGAAUGGUUCAAAUCAUGACUUUUAAUGUGUGUGUGUGUGGCUUUUAAUGGUGAUUGUUGAAGAUUGAUUUUCUGUGGCCAUCUUGAGGUUUUGCUUGCUAAUUUUGAAAAACGUCUGCCUUUGUUCAGGUAACUUAGGCUUGGCUCUUUGUGUACCCUGCCGUCUUGCUGAAUCUUGAAAAGACCAAGAUCCAUAAUCACUCCGUGAUUUUCUGUAAAUGCCCCAUUUUUGACUGGGGAUAGAAAGGGCUGGUUUUACAGGAGUAUGAAGUGCAGAAUUAGUUUUGUUGUAUUUUAUGGGGCAUGGGAGAGACUUUCCCUUAGUGGGUUCUCAAAUGUUCUGUGCCACUUUUUGGAAUGUAUACAUACAACAGAUUGUGUUUUGUAACCUGUGUAUAGUAAAGCUGUGGCCUCCUUA